UGAAUGCGGCAUGUGUAUAACUACAACCAGUUAGCAAGUCUGACAUUUCAGAGUUUCCUCGUUUUGACUAGUCAAUAAACGCCGCAUUACAUUGAGCCGUGACUUCUUCACAAAACGGUUUCACGGUGACGUCACACCAAAGCAGCAAAUUACUUCCUUGGAGAUGACGGUCGCGCCCCGUCGUUAGGGGCACUGCUGUGCGUAACACAGGCCAGAAAUUAAUCCAGGACAUAGAAGAGGUUUAGUUGGUAAUAGGCGUUAUCAGCAAUAGUUACAAUGCCUCAAAAUGCAGUAGUAAUCGUGCGCUACGGCCCUUAUAAAUCGUGUGGCAUCGUGGACCACAGAACGUUUCGUCUGAUUGGCCUCCAAGCUGCAUUGAAAGAGAAUGGACAUCAAAGUGUAUUGGAGAAAAUGUCUGAUUGGAACAAGGUGGAACUUGUGGUCAAUGGAGAAUGUGUCUACACAUGCAGCAUAAAACAACUGGAGUUUGGAGGAGAUGGGAAACUGGACCCCCUAUGCAAGGAGGCCGUCACUGCUGUGCAGAAUGCAUACUGAGAUACACCCACACUCUACCAGGAGAUUGGUCAAGGGGAUGAAUCCUAGGCAAAUCUAAUAGUAAACCUGAAGAGAAGCACAGCAACAGACACUUUUUGUGUUUUUAUUUUUUUGAUGACAAGCAUUACAGUACCAUACAAUAGUGUUCUCCAGCAUUAAGUCAAGUGUUGUAUUUAUUGCUACAAAAUCUCGGGGACCCAGAAUCAAACGUGCCGUGUAUGCUGGUCAUCUCAACAGUCUGUUGUGAGAGACUGCAACAUGCUAAUUGCAACAUGUAGUCAUUAUAGUUUCUUAUGAUUUUUGCUUUGUGGUGAUUGACUGUACUAUAGUUACUAUAUCAUUGUCGAUAUUGCCUCAGACAGUUUUGUGUCUGGUCCCUGUCUGAAAACAUACCUGACAAAAUCCAUAUAAUUCCCUUAACCUUUGGUAUACAACCAUUCUUAGAUCUGCUUCCUGUGGUCUCUCUCCUCAUCUGAAUAUGAUUACUUCUGCAAUCCAUUCUCAAUUAGCCUUAUGGGAGGGAUUGUGCACUAAUAGAAUCAUACCCCAUCGGUCAAACCACAGACCAAAUUAGCGGACCAAAUUUGCAUUGCAAGCAAAAAUCCAAACAGUCAUGCAAACACUGCCACACAGUCACAGUCUGGUUUGUGUCCCAAAUGGCACCCUAUUCUCUAUGCUGUGCACUACUUUUGACCAGAGCCCUGGUCAAAAGUAGUGCACUCUUAAGGGAAUAGGGUGCCAUUUCGGAUGCCACCUCUGAGGUUAGGCUCAAUGUCAGCUUCAACGUUAACCAAAAACAUAUGGAGGUGCUUAUAGGGGUUCAUGGCACUUAUCACAUUUCAUUUCAAUGUAAUCAAGGACACACACACAUAUAAAUACAGUACACCUCCUCUUGGCCUGUGAUUGUCCUCGAAAUGUUAUUAAUGCUUUAUUACUAAAAGCAGCCAGCUUGGAGGACUUUCUUUUUGGGUGAAUAUCAGACAACGAAAAGAAUACCUUGUCCCCCCCAUCGUCUGAAAGAUCCGAGAUGAUUACCUACGUUUCUUCCUGUGAGGCAUCAGUGUAUGCAUCCCAAAUGUCACUCUAUUCCAUAUAUAGUGCACUACUUUUGACCAGAACCAGUAGAAGUAGUGCACUAUAUA